GGCCGCUCUGCUCAUCAUGUCCCCAGUUUGUACAAUGGGGAAGGUGAGCAGCGGCACACGGCUGUGAUUCAAGGAGUUUGAACGGCGGAGGUCGACUUAUAACAACACAGCACCCGGUUUGAAUCGAGAUGGAGACUGGGGAUGAUGACAUUGUCCUCCGGUCUCGCUGCCGAGUCGAUCCUAAGACGCCCGCCUUCCCUGAUUCAAAUCGCUCUUUGGAUGAGGAAUGUAGUCAAGAACAACACCAGCAAGGCAACGGAGGCCACCACGUUACCAGCUAUGGAAAAAUUGAAGUGGAAUGUGUGAUUAGUAAAAAGCUACAACUGAAAAGGAAAGCAGAGCACCUGAAGAGUGACCUGAUGCAUCAGUUUGACAGUCAGGUUAAUGACUUCAUGGACAGUCUUAUUGAAGAGUCGGCCAGCCUGGAGCUUGCACCUGUACCUGCCGUCUUCUCACCUCCGCUGUCAGACAAGGAGAGGAACAAACUAAGGUAUUUCCGGCCUCCUCAUGGUCAGGGCAAGCAGUUUGUCAGUCGCAGGUCCCUCUUGGACGAGCUGUUUGAGGUCAACCACAUCAGGACCAUCUACCACAUGUUUAUUGCCCUGCUCAUUCUCUUUAUCCUCAGUACACUGGUGGUAGAUUUCAUUGAUGAAGGCAGGCUGGUGCUCCACUUUGACCUGCUGGUCUAUGCGUUUGGACAGACCCCACUGGUGGUGUGCACGUGGAUCUGCAUGUUCCUGUCUGUGUUGCUGGUUCCCUACAGCCUGUUCCACCUGUGGUCACAGACCCAGUCUGGGACUGACAGUCACUCCAGGUUGUGCAAUGUGCUGUUUGGCUCUGUAUUCCUGCUCUACCAAGCGUUUGGUGUGGGAUUCCUGCCUACGUAUGUGGUGGUGACCAACAGUUUUCCACCUGCAUCCUGCUUCAUCAUCAUCAUGGAACAGGUGCGUCUGAUGAUGAAAGCCCACUCCUUUGUCAGGGAGAAUGUACCAAGAGUCCUGACCUGGGCUAAAGAAAAGACCAGCCCCAGCCCUGUGGUCCCUCAGGUCUCUCAGUAUCUCUACUUUCUGUUUGCACCCACACUCAUCUACAGAGACAAGUACCCGAGGAACCCAGUGAUCCGAUGGGGCUACGUGGCCACAAAGUUACUUCAGGUACUUGGCUGUCUGUUUUAUGCCUAUUACGUGUUCGUGCGGCUCUGCAUCCCUCAGUUCCACAGCAUCAGCCUGCAGCUGUUUGACCUGAGGGCCAUGGUCCUCUGCGUCUUUAACUCCAUCUUGCCAGGAGUGUUGAUUCUCUUCCUGGGAUUCUUUGCUGUCCUCCACUGCUGGCUGAAUGCUUUUGCUGAGAUGCUCCGCUUUGCUGACAGAAUGUUUUACAAGGAUUGGUGGAACUCGACCUCUUUUGCUAAUUACUAUCGUACUUGGAAUGUAGUGGUCCAUGACUGGCUGUACUACUAUGUGUACCGGGACAUCCUGUGGAUGUCUCAGAAGCGGUUCAGACCGGUAGCCAUGCUGUUUGUGUUCACAGUGUCUGCGGUGGUCCACGAGUACAUUCUUGCAAUCUGCUUUGGUUUCUUCUAUCCCGUGCUCUUCUGCCUCUUUAUGUGCUUCGGAAUGAUGUUCAACUUCAUUCUGCAUGACCAAAGGAAAGGUCCCAUCUGGAACGUAAUCAUGUGGACGUCUCUCUUCCUGGGUCAGGGAGUCAUCAUCUGUCUGUACUCCCAGGAGUGGUACGCCCAGCGCUACUGCCCCCUGAAGGAGCCUUCGUUCUUUGACUUGCUGAAGCCUCGCUCCUGGAGCUGCCAGAGAGGCGUGAUGACGGACGCUGAUGGGCUGUGAUCUACGCUGAGGAUCAUCACUGAUCAGUAUAUAUUUGACCAGCCUUUCUGUUACUGUCAUAACUUCUGCUCUUUCAAGUGUGUAUUUUAUUGCACUAAGUGACUCAUGACUGAGUCUGUAUGAAUGUAUGGAAGAGAUCCAGUUAAUCCUUUAAUCUAACAGCAAAGUCACAGCGAUGCCUUACUUACCUGAUUUAUGUUUUCAAAGAAAUGCAACAGAAUUUCACAUUUACAUUUUAUGUACCAUUUCCAUUGGAUCAACUUUGAAACCACUCUUUAUGCCAUGAUGACAAACAGAAAUACAAACAUCAUUCACAUAUGCAGUAAUGGUCAAUAUUUACAAAGUGUGCAAUUACUACUGUAUUAUAGAAAUUCAGUGUGUUUGAAAAGCCUUUCAAUGUUAUUUAUUUUCACUGCCAAUAAGAUUUAUUUUGAAAAGAUGGCCACUGUUUGGUGUUUUGUAUAAAUCUAUGAGGAACCUGUUUCCUCUGUGUAUAGCGGACGGUUGCAGUCAACAAGCUGAUGUAGAGGAAUUUAUUUUAUAGUAAAUCUGAAGCUAUAAAAGAUAAUGAGACUGAACUUCAGAAAACAAAAUGGAGAU